AUGGAGAUUGACACAGGGUCAUCACUGACAAUUAUGUCCUGGACUAUGCUUAAGAAGGCUGUCCCCAACUUGAGUAGGCACAAGCUGAAGGUUCCAGACCUAUACCUGAGCGACUACCAGGGGAACCGAAUCCCAGUUCUUGGCCAAGGCACUUUCCAAGUGCAAUUCAAGUCCUUCAAUGGACUGCUCCCUGUGACGGUGGUCGGCAGAGUCCUGCAGAGCCUCCUAGACUUGGACUGGUUCCAAUCCCUGGGCCUUGGGAUGACCGGAAUCAACACCAUUCACGAUGAAAGCACUGAGGAACUCCUUAAGGAGUUUGAGGACAUCUUCAGCACUGGUCCAGUGACCCCGGACAAACCAGAUGAGUCAGUCUGCAUCUGCGUGGAUUACAAGUGCACAAUAAACAAAGCUUUACAACAAAGCGCUUAUCCUGUGCCCAUUAAAGCCACAGUUGCUGAGCCUUUGCAUUGGCUCCUCAGCAAAAAGGCCAAGUGGACCUGGGGCAGAGCUGAAGCUGCUGCAUUUGCCGUGGUGAAAAGACUUCUGUCAGAGGACACGUUCCUGGUCCAGUACAACCAGACUCUGCCACUUGUGCUGACUUGCGACACUUCCCCGUUUGGCGUUGGGGCCAUCCUCAGCCACCACGUGUCCAAUGGAACUGAGACACCCAUCGCCUACUACUCAAGGAACCUGUCAGCUGCUGAAUGGAACUACAGCCAAAUGGACCAUGAGGGUCUGGCUGCGGUAGCUGGCAUAAAAUGUUUCCAUGAGUACUUGUAUGGCUGUGAUUUCGAGAUCAUCACGGACCAUAAGCCACUUUUGGGCUUGCUGGCUGGGGACCAGCCUACCCCUGCUUUGCUGUCGCCACAGAUGACUCAUUGGACUAUUUUCCUCAUGGCCUACAGCUAUCGCCUCAUUCAUCGACCUGUAUUAGAAGCUUUGCAUGUGGGGCAUCCAGGAAUUGUCAGGAAGAAAUAUUUGGCUAGGAGUUACGUAUGGUGGCCUAACAUGGAUAGGGAGAUUGAGGAAUGUGUGGCUACCUGCAAAUCGUGCCAGGAGUCCAGACCAGCUCCCCCAGAGGUGCCUGCUAAGGAGUGGGAGCGACCUCAAGCACCGUGGUCUAGGGUGCACAUUGACUUUGCCGGCCCAGUUCAUGGCCAAGUAUUCAUGGUAGUUGUGGACGCCUACUUGAAAUGGUUAGAGAUACUCCUCAUGACCUCUACCACGGCAGAAGCAGUCAUCAAGGCACUACUGAGACUUUUCUCCACUCACGGCCUGCCCGAUAUCUUGGUCUCUGACAACAGGCCCCAAUUUACGGCCAUGCAAUUUGAGACCUUCUUAGCAUCGCAGGGAAUCAGGCAUGCCCUGGUCACUCCAUUCCAUCCGGCCAGUAAUGGACAGGUGGAGAAAAUGGUGCGAUCCGCUAAAGAAGCUCUAUCUAGGAUGGGGCCAGGAGAUUGGCAAACACAGGUUGAUCAUUUCCUCCUCAUUCAGCACAUCAUGCCAAGUGCUACCACUGGGACAAGCCCCUCUGAGCUUCUAAUGGGUCGCUGGCUAAGAUCACCCUUAGAUCGGCUACACUCAAACUACUCUGCCGCGACACCCCCAGAUUCGACUGGCAAACUUAGACAUUUUAGCAUAGGGGAUCGAGUUUACGCCCACAACUAUGCUGGGGGGGGCCUCUAG